AUGUUUCAGCCAGGCAUUGAGGCAUAUUUGGAUGCCAUAAAGCAGCAGUACAACACGAUUGCGGCCGAGAACAGGUCUCUUCGCCAGGAAAACAUCCGGCUUGUGGAGGCGAACAGCCAGUAUGCCCGAAAGAUCCAGUACUACACAAGUAUCCUGGGCCGGCAGAAGCGCAUGGCUGUAGAUUCUGGUUCCUCCUUUGUAAGGACCCCGAAAUGCCUGAAAAGAGGGAGUGACUGGUAUACUGACGGAGACAUGCUGUGUAUGCUGAGUGUCAGGGAUAAGAUAGUGAUGCCUGGGAGGAUAACAAAUGCAGUUGUAAGCAGCUGUGGCAAGUUUGUGGCGUUUGGGUGCGGCUACAGGGUGUUUGCUGUAAUAGAGAGGACGAUCUGGUUCCUGAAUUCAUCGUCGGAGAGAAUGGAGAGAUACGAAGAGGGGAUGUUUGAGGGAGAGACUCAAGAGUACAGAAUAUGCCCCAUGGACUUCACACCCGACUCUCUUCACCUGUAUGCAGCAGAUGGAAAGGGGGCCGUGAGGAUAUGGAGCAUGGACAGUAAGGCACAGGAAGGAAUACUGAAGUCUUCAGACCCAAUUGCCCUCAAAAUAGUCAAGAACCUGGUGUUCACGAUUGGGUGGGACAAGACCAUAAGUAUAUAUGACGAGAACGGCCAGGUGAUUACCCUGAACUCUGGAGAGGAGUUUGGAGGGCCCAUGGUCGUAAGCCCUGAUGGAGGCUUUAUAUACGCAGUUGUAAAUAGAAACAAGAUCCUUGUUCUCGAUGUGAAGGCUGAGAUGACAUACCUGACGAACACCAACGAAGACCGGAUUCUGGCAAUGGCGGUAUCUGACGAGCACAUGACGAUAUCUGCCGGGGGAUAUGGGCGGAAUGUUGAUCUUUACAGAAUAAAGGCCGAGAAGCCCUCGUGCAGGCUCCAAGACACCAUUGAGCAGAAAGGCACUGUCUUCUCGCUGGGGUUUGUUGGACGCCAUCUGCUGGUCGGGCAGCCUGACGGCAUUAUGAUCUGGGACCUGGAAGAGAAAAGAAGCAUGAGGGUGCAGACCCACGAGUCGAAUGUAAUUGGGAUAUCCACAUGCAAGGACUGCUUCACCACGGUUGACAACAACGGGGUCCUUCGCGUGUGGAAAUACAGGCCUGUUGAAUAG